UUCAAGCUAUGUGAUGAUAAACGAUACGACAACGUUCACAGCCUUCCAGGUGGGUAACCUGGCUUUUUCUGAUCUUUGCCUUGGUUUGAUCGUUUUGCCAUUGUCGUCAGUCUACGCUGUUGCUGGGGAAUGGGUAUUUCCCGAUGCUCUUUGCGAGGUUUUUGUCUCUGCCGACAUUCUCUGUUCUACAGCCUCUAUUUGGAAUCUUUCAAUAGUAGGGCUGGACCGAAAUAAAAGGACAGCCUGCAUCAUGAUACUUUCUGUGUGGUUUUCUAGCGCUCUAAUAUCGCUAGCGCCUUUGUUAGGCUGGAAGCAGGUAGCCGCCUCACAUCUGUUUUUGAAAAGAAAAACAGCUAUCACUCCAAAUCUUAUUUACGAAAAUGACUAUAUGGUGCGUCAAUGUACAUUUCUCGAUCUUCCAAGCUAUACGGUUUAUUCGGCUACCGGUUCAUUUUUUAUUCCAACAUUGUUAAUGUUCUUCGUUUAUUACAAAAUCUAUCAAGCUUUUGCAAAACAUCGUGCUCGGCAAAUUUAUCGUCAAAAGGUGAUAAGGAAACACAUUGAAUCUACUAUCCUUCAUGAGAUCAGCCAUGUAUUACCCGCGCCUGAUGUAUUCGACAAAGAUGAAGAAGAGAGCACAAGCUCAAAUCGGGUGGAGAAUGGUUUCGGUACGGAAGACGUCCCCAUCUUAGAGGAUACUGACGGCAAGUCCAAUACAACACCACAAGAGGGUCAGGCAGCGAUCUCAAAUUACUCAGUUAAAGUCAUAGAACCUGCCCCGCCGACAACGCAUUGCAGACGAGAUAGCCAAGCGUUACCAGUAACUUUCGAAUUUAUGCAAGAGCGUUUCAAGGUUUUUAAUCAAACGCCGUCGAAUUUGAAACGCUGCAUAUCAUGUGAGAAAGGAGGAGACACCCCACUCCCUCAGAUUGGGAUUAAGAAAUUGCGGCGAGAAAAAUCCGAACGCUUUGUUAAUAGGAAAACAAAGUAUAAAAGUCCCCCAAAACCAAAAGCAAUUUCUGCAGCAAAGGAGCGUCGUGGUGUCAAGGUGCUUGGAAUUAUUCUAGGAUGUUUUACUGUUUGUUGGACUCCAUUUUUCGUGAUGUACGUGUUGGUGCAAUUUUGUAAGUACUGUAAUCCAAAUCCGCACAUAGAGAUGUUCAUCACAUGGUUAGGAUACAGCAACUCCGCAAUGAAUCCUAUUAUAUAUACGGUGUUCAACAGAGACUACCAGGUUGCUUUGAAAAUGCUGUUUGCAACAGAUAGAAAACUUUCGUCGCUCAGGGCACGCUGAUG